GGGUCCCCCCUAGGCAGGCAGGCAGGCUGGCUGGGUGGGGUGGGGGGUGCCCGGGGGGUCCCGCCAUGGCGGUGUGUGGAGCAGUCCCAGCAUUGUGGGUGUCAGUGCCAGUGACGCCAUAUUUGCCGGUGCCGCCGCUGUAAACAACAAAAAGUGUCUGAGGAGACAGACACGAGCCGCUGCACAGGAUCUCAGGACACUCUGUUUGUUGUUGUGGGUGAAUUGCUCCGCUGCCGCCGCCAGCCAUGUCUCUCGGAAUGUCUUACAAGGCCGGCCUGAGCGCGCCGCUCCCCGGACACCCCGCCGCCCCCGGUGAGUGAGGGGCACAGGGGGGAGCGCUGGGGGGCCCGGGAUCGGGGGGGAUGGGGGUACCUGGGGAGCGGAGCCCGGACUGCCUGCCCGCCCGGUGAUAUCAGGUCACAUCCCGGCACCGGGCUGGCUGGCUGGCAGCGCUGGGAGGGGGUGGCCGGGAUGGGGGAGGCCCUGGGGGGAUGGGAUGGUGGCCCCGGUGACAAGCGAUGGAUCAGCACGAGCCCUUUGAUCAAGUCCGUUUCGGCGCCUCCAUGAUCGGCUCCCCAGGGCUGCCUGAUUGAUCUGGAUUACAGGCAGGCGGCGCUGCGAGGACACCUACAGGCCGCCGCGGGAACUGCAGGGCGCUGCUUGCUCAGAGUGCGUGGUACGGGUGAUGAUGUUAAAUAGGAGGAGGGAGGGAGGGAGAGGGGGGUGUUAAAGGGUUCUGCCCAUUAAUGGCAUUCCUAUCAAACAGUAAUACUUUACUGACUGAUUCAUCUUUAUUGCUAUUUCUGUUAUUCUUACCAUCCCCCCCCCUCCCUCAGGACCAUGCAUGUACUGUAAUUGCUACAGUUAUCUUUUUUUGGGGGGGAGGGGGCUGAGGGGGGGAGAUGGUUUGCAGAAAUACUUUUUUGGGGGGUGAGAGCCUAGUAUUUUGUCAUAUAAAGUGAUAAAAACUGUAUCCUGCUAAACUCUGCUGCCUUGUAUCAGUGUGAUAAUAUUAAUUCACUAAUAUUCAACAGUUCAGGGUAGAAUGAAGUGUAAGCGUCUUAAAUUGCAGGUAAAACUGCACCUCACAUAGACUUAAAAAAAUAAUGGAUAAUGAAUGUUUUAGGCUGUCAAGAUCUCAUUCAUAUUUUUGUGUUGUCGUAUAGAAUAACGAACCUUCUUAUGGGCCACGUAAUUAUAUACUUGAAAACAAGAGAAAUCUCAAUGUAUCCAUCCUGGUAAAAUAUUUUAUAAAUACAUUAUAUAUGAAAAAUCAUAUCUUCUAUUGGUAAACAAUAGGUGAACAUGUAUAGGAUAACAUUUGAUUUCCCUGUUUUAUUGUUACUAUGAUUUUUUAAAAUUGUUACUAUAUUCAUAAAGCUUCACACUUUCAGCACUGUGCUUGGAUAAUUAUGUCAAUCAAAAUAUGCCAAACAUUUUUAAGUAAUGUGCACUAAAUAUCUUAGAUGCCAUUGAUAUGUUUAAUACCAGAGUCAUCUAGAACAUGUUAAUUCCCAUUAGUAGAAAGGAGAGAGUGGGCAGAUGUCCUCUGUCACAAGAAGAAAAAAAAUAAAAAAAAAAAGAUAAAGGGAUUUGCAAAAUUUAGGCCAAAAAAAAAAAAAACAAGAAAAAAAGCUGCGUUUAAGAUUUUUUUUUUUUCUAGUUAAGGGAUAUUGGCUUAAAAAUUAAAAUUCCCCAUUUCAAGGUUCCAUAGUUCUAAUGAAGAUUAUUCUCUUUAUGAAAUGGUUUCACAAAAAUCUGAAAUACUAAAUAACAUGCUAUACAUGACUAGGAUGUAUAAGUAGAAUGCUAAAAUACUAGCAAACAAAUCUAUAUGUAAAUAUUAUAAUAAUGAUUGCAUAAAACCUGUCAAACCUGCCAAACCGCUACAGAUUUAUGACAUCUUCCAAAACCUUUUAAGAUACAAGCGUACACUCAAUGCUUGGAAUGUUAUAUUAGGCUACACACCCUUAAUCUGCAGUUUAAACUCAGACUGCUGACAAAUCAUUCUGUAUCUCUCUUUUUUGCUACAUACAGAGUUUAGUAUAAUGUACACAUUUACAGCCCCUUGUAAAUCUUCCCUUUCUCAAAAGUCAUACCAGUCCUGUACGCCAACAUUUUAUUCAUUCCAGAACGUAGUACCAUUUUUGACCACAUGUGGGUCUUUUAUACUUUUAAAACAGUGCUUUAUCUGUAGGAAGAUGAGAAUUCUGCUAAUUAGACAGGAAGUUCUUUCCUAUCAUCAAAUCCUUGAAGGGGUUAACAAUUUAUUUUGGUAGAGCAUAGCAUGGUUUAUAGGAAAAUAGGUGAGGAGUAGCUUCCAUUCAUAACAACAAGUACAUAAAAUUACUGCGCAAUCAUCAGGAUAAAUUUAAGGGACACUCUGCACCCCUAAUGCUUUAUCUGGAUGUCCUUUUAAAAAAUAUUUUUUUUACCAAAAGAAAUGUAAUUAAUUUAUAUCAGAUUUGUGAUAUAUCUAAACCUCUACAAAAGAUACAUUUAAUUCAUAUUUGGAUGAUAUUCAUAUUCUGAGGCAUUCAGCUGAUGCUUUCAGUCAAUAAAUUCCCACCAAACAUGUGCAGAAUUGACAUAACUAAUGUGGAAGUAGGAACUUCUACAUCAGCGCUAUCACAAAAGGAGGCCGGGCUUGACUAUUUCCAGUGGAAUAGCACAAUGGGGCCCUGACCUCAUAACCACUUAACAUAAACCCCUUAACAUUAUAGCAUGGAACUGUAAUACUGGGGUGGUGAAUGGGCAUAUUUAACAGGAGCAUAACCUUCACCGAUAAUUAAAGGAACACUCUAAGCACCAUUCCGUUUUGGAAAAUAUGAAUAGGAAACAUUUUGAUUUUAUGAAGAGCCUUGUACAUUAAAUGGACUCUAUAGCCACCAGAACAACUACAGCUUAUUGUAUUUGUUCUGGUGAGUAUAAUCAUUCCCUUCAGGCUUUUUGCAGUGAACACUGUUUUCUAGAGAAAAUACAGUGUUUAAUUUACAGCCUAGGGAUACCUCGACUGGCCGUUCUUCAGAUGGCUGCUAGAGGUGCCUAUUGUGGCAGUGCUGUACUGUGACUGGCUCAGAUCAUCGCUGAUGAUGUCAGCCAAGAAGGUAGAUCAGGGGCAGAGCCAGCAGCAACAGACUGGAAUAAAGGUAAGAUUUUACUAUAUUUAGGGGGCCACGAGACCUAGAUGGUGGUUUUAACACUAUAGUGUUCCUUUAAAAUAAAAUAAAAAGUUUGUUUCAAGUUGUUGCAGUUUAGUCAUUGUUAUCUAAGACUUUUAUUUCAUAAGAAAAACAAAAUAUAAUUUUAACUCAUUGAGGAUUAGUGACCAAAUUACAAACAGAAGUUCAAAGACAUAAUUUGAGUUUAGAACACUAAGGACUAUGUAUACAGAGUACUUCUAAGGCAAAGAUCUAAAAGUGGAGCAAUCAGCAGAAACAUUCCAUUGGUUUCCACAGUGACUGUUCUACAUUUAGAACUUUUCUCCGUUGUACUUAUCUAGUGUAAGCAAGACAUUUUAGAGUUGCAGAUGCUAAAUAACCACAUAAUGGUCUUUGUUCUAAUUUUCACAGUUUGCCUUUCAUCAUAUCAGAAUAGAGCUGCAAUGGAAAUCCUGGCAAGAAUUUUAUUUAAAUUUUUUUUGUAAAGACAAAUGGCCACGAUGACGGGCAGGAAGACUUUUGGGAAAUAUUAUGGUGGGGUUGUUGUGAGGGUUACACAAGUGGUAUUUUAACGUGAGACACCUUAGUUUUUUAUCUUUUAGAUCUAAAUUCUUUGCAUUAGCUAGAAAUUGAUGGGAUACAAUAAUUACUAGACUGCACCAUUUCCUGUCUAACAUGCACCAUUCUUCUUCUUCCUUGAACCUUAAAAGGUGUCUUACAGAUUAUUUUUUUUAUUACCAGCAUCUUUUAAUGCUCGUUUAGGUUAUGUAAAAGUUGUUUGAGGUGACAGGCAGACUUUACACUGUAACUCUCAGAAGAAUUUGCAUCAGUCUGAGCGUUAGUCACUCUAGCUGAUUUUCAGUGUAAUUUAUACCACAUUGCAAAUGUGUUAUCACAUUAUAAAAACAUUGAUAAUAAAAACGGCUAGGUUCUGUAGACAAAACUUGGUUUGGUGUGUAAAAUUAUUGGAAUGUAGUUGGCUUCUCUAUGUCAACAUUCUUGUACCUAGUCCUGUGUAUUACUUUAUAUAUCUAUAAGGUUCUUAUGAUGGCCCAUGGGGUUGUUUUUAUAGAGUAUAUUUUUGGUUGGAUGCUGCCAGUAUUUGACGGUUUGGGUUUUUAUAAUGUUAUCUGUGAUACUUGUUUGGACCCCCUUCAACUCCUACCACCCCUUUCCACUCAUGAAUACGUGUCUACAUAUCAAGAUUUACGGUUUUACAUAAUGUGAUGGUUUGGCCAGUUUGUGAAGUCACACUGUUCAUUGUUGACAAAUUAUUAUAAAAACAUUUUUUUAUUCUCAACAGCUGGAAGUGCACACUCCCCCUCCACUAGCAUGGCGUCCUCUGCACAGUACAGACAACUGGUAAAUGACUAUGGACCCCCAUCCUUGGGGUACACGCAGGUAAGAGCGAUACUCCUACCUGUAAUUGUUAUAAACCAUGGGAUAAGCUAGAAUUUUGGUUAUCUUUUCAUAAUGAGAUGAAACAGGGCAAAUUAUUACCUUACAGCUGUUGUUGAGUUGCAGCUCCUUUAUUUGUAUUUGACCCAUUAUAAAUCAAUUUUGUUUUGGGUUAAGAGUAGUCGGAAUGUCUAAUUUUACCCAGCUAUGUGAUAACAUGGGGAAUACUUAUGUACAUGCCAUACUUUUUGCCUGUACUCACAAAAUCAUAUCAGCAAAAAAGAAACAAACAAAAAACCCCCACACAUUUAGGAGAAAUUAUAUUGUGCUACCAAUAGAUAGAUCAUAGUAAAACAUUGAGUAUCAACAGCAACUGUCUCGGUAAUAAUGAUAUGUGGCUUCUGAAAUGUGUCUGAUCUUUGGUACUUAGGUUCUGAUAGGUAUGCAUCGUUAAUGCAACUGUGAUGGCAAACGUGCCACAGAUAUAUAGAUUAAAAGAUGGACUUAGCUGAAGAUUGAGUGCAUCCUGCAAGAAUACUAACACUGUGGAUGGUCACCCAUCUACAAAGAGACUGGAGAACCAUGCUCUGGGGAUGGUGCCUUUUGUACAGAGUGUGACCACUGCAAUUAUCCUAAAAACAUUGAUGUAGAAAAGUGUUUAUGUAUGUGGUGGCAGGUAGUAAUGGUGAUGAGAGGCUCAAGAUCCCCAGCACUCAUUUUGGUGUAGCUUUUAAAAGGAUGUUUUAUUGUUUAAAGGAACAUCCCAGUCACCAUAACCACUACAUCUUACUGUAGUGGUUAUGGUGAUCGGUGUGCCCUUGUGCCUUCCCCCCAACUUCCAUUAGUACUCCUGAACUAAGUACUGCAGUACAGAGCUUAGCUCAUUGGCUGAGACCAUACGUUGAGUUUUAGUGGUUAUGGUGCUUGGAUUGUUCCUUUAAGUAUGCAUUUUUACAGACAGGAGAUUGGAGCAAAUAGCAUCUCUUUUCAAAGAAAGGGACACAGGGUGACAAGUUUCAUUUUUUUUGGUGGUUGCCAGUUACCCCUUAACUCUACACUAGAAAACUGCACGCCCGGUUUCUUUGUAGUAACAGGAAAUGAAGCGUAAGUUGCUAAAAAUAGACAUUAAAGGAGAAAUAUAAAGUGAAGUUUUGCACCAUGCCACAUACCGGUACAAAACAUGUGGCUACAAAGGUCAAAUAUCAUAUAUUGGUGGGGGCUUUGUCAUCCUGCACUUUGGGCCUUUAUGUAUGUAUGUCAUUCAAAGAGUUAAUAUUGAAAGCUUAUCAGUUUGGAAACAGCAGGAAUGCAGACAGAUUAUCUCAACAAAAAUGUUUAUAUAAAUCUAAAUAGUAUAGAAAUUGCUCAUGGGUUUUAAACCAUAUUGUUAAUAUCAUAAGUACAGUUGCAUUGUUUCCUAGAUAAAACACAUAUCUUAAUGUAGCUAACAUGAUAAUGUUAAUUGGCUUCUUAUUUUUGUUUAAUGAAUCUGUUUUAUAUCUCCAUAAUACUAGGCUUGAGAAUUAUUUGUAGAACCCAGGAGCCAGACUAUGGUGUGUUCUGGCUGUACCUGGAUACUCAUUGAUACAGAGUAAAUUAAAAAGAAAAAUCAGCUGGAAUGAGAUUAAAAAAAAACACUACUUUAAAAAACAAACCACCACUUUAGAUUUCUACUUUAAGGUCUAUUUUCAGCAACUUACCCUCAAUUUCCUGUUAGUGCAAAUAAUUAGGUUGUGUAGCAUUCUCAUAUAGAGUUCCCUGACGCAAGACUAAAAUGAAUGCAAACCAAACCUGUAACAACUUCUAAGGGUUAUCUAAAUUCUGAAAAGCAUUCUUCCUGGUAAAACAAUUUGUAAAUAAGAACUGUAAAUGGCUGGGAAUAAUUUAAGUGUAUAACCCUUGGGGGUUUAUUCACACAGCACUGACUAGAGACUAGAGCGGAUUUGGAGAUUUUUUUUUCUUCCAUAUCAACAGUUCUUAAGCAUUUUCAGUUCAAUACUAUGUGGUAUUUAGUAAAUGACCCCAUCUGUUUUGAUUGAAUGUGCAUGGUAUAUGAAGUGGCCACUUUACACUUUCUAAGGAAAUAACACUCCUUAAAACUUAUCUCAAGGACAUCCUGAUUUGUGUCAUAUUGAACCAUUGUGUAUUAUAUCCUGUUUAGGGUACCAGUAAUAACCAGGUGCCACAAAGCAAGUAUGCAGAACUCCUUGUGAUCAUAGAGGAACUGGGGAAAGAAAUUAGACCAACCUAUGCAGGCAGUAAAAGUGCCAUGGAAAGACUAAAAAGAGGUAAGUGUGUCCUGUUACAUUGUAGCAACAAAUACGCUUCCUCAACCAUUUUCUGUAUAAGUAAUAUGUACAUUGAAGGGACACUAUAGUAAUCAACUUUAGCUGUAAGCCAUAAUCAUCGCACUUAUGACAAAUCACGGCUUGAACUAUCUUGCUUUGGAUGUAAUGCGUCGAUGUCAUAUAUUACUUUCCCCUUUUACAUUGCAUUACUGAAAUAAGUUAACUUUUGCGCGAUAUUCUAACUUUUCGAGUAUCACCUGUACAGUACAAUAGUUGGCAAGAUGUUGAUGUAUCUGAUUAUUUGGCAGAGACUAGUCAUGCUCCUGCCAUUUUAAUAGCUUUUCCUGUCCUUGUUGAAUUAAGCUAACAUAAUGAGACUGAGUAUGGGCUGGCUAGACAGACAUGCCUCAUUUUUGGUUAGGAAAUCCCAUUCUGGGUGCGAGGUCACUUGUUACCACCCUCUUGCUGGCCCGCUCACCCUUGGUCUCAUAUCCAUGCCUCCCAAUGUUGGGGGUAUACAAGUAUGUAUACAGGUUCUGGGUUGAAAUCACUAAUAUUGUUUUUCUAAUUUGUAACAAAGCAAAAUAACUCUUUAUUUAGCCUUUGUAGAUAAUGUGUACUUUUCCCCCUUUCAUUUAAUGAGUGCCAAUUUCAAUAUAAAUGUACACUUUAAUAAAUGAACUUUAUUACAAGUCCAUGGCAAUGAGACUUUUGACUUGUUACUUCCUGGUAGUUUAACACCAUGGAAUUAAACUCUAGAAGCUUGCAGUUGCCCAGUGCACUUGCUUUGCAAUAAAAGUAAUAGAGAGCACUGGGAAGUCUGUGAUUAGACAGCAACCAAAGGUCUGUGCUUCUGGAAGAAUGGGAGGGCUUGCAGUAGCUGCAGAUAAUAGGUCUGCAGCUUUUGCAGGACAGUAUUUCACAUACCCCGUAGAGUGUCCCUUUAAAGGACCACUAUAACAUUAGGAAUGCAUACCUGUCUCUCGUAAUGUUCCCUCUUUUUCCAGUAACUCUCUUGUUGCUGCUUACCUCUCCACCUCCCGCAAUGUCUUCAAGAGAGGAACAAAAUCCUUGCCCAUCAUUCCCCAACCGAGUGCUCAUCACAGAGAAGCAUUAAGGACCUGAUGCGCAUGCGCAACAAGUGCCACGCCAGCAUCGAAUGCUUCUCAGUGGAAAUCAUUGAAUUCAGUGCUUUCCUAUGAGCUUUCGCAUCACGUGACCUAGUUUUACUCGGUCAGCGCAGCAGAAGAACCUCUAAACACGGUCAGGAAGACAGACACUCGAGGUGGAUGUAACCCUGCAAUGUAAAUAUUGAAGUUUCUGAAAAAACGACAGUCUGUUACAUUGCAGAGUUAAAAUGACAGGACCACUGCACCAAGACCACUUAAUUUAAAUAAAGCGGUCUUUGUGUCUACAGUUGUCCCAUUAAUUACAGAAUUAAACAUCAAGUUACAGUGAUACCUUUUGUAAUUAUUUGCAUUGGAGAUUUUUUUCAGCUUUGACAUUUCUCCCUAAAAUUGGCCAUUAACUGUGUCCACUCUCAGUUUAUUGAAUAAACUCAUUAGAAGUCUAUUCAGUAAACCCUGAAUUCUCAUGUAUAUUUUUUUUGUUUUUCUUUUCUCUCUCUUUAACUCUUCUUCUCCUUUUUGUAUAGGUAUCAUCCAUGCACGAGGUUUGGUACGAGAAUGUCUGGCUGAAACAGAGCGUAAUGCCAGAUCUUAGCUGUGCCACAUGAAGCAUACAACAUUUUCUUUUUGGAAUUUCAGGGCAGUUUUCUGAAUAUUUAGCCAAGGGGAUUUACAUUGUUUGGUCCCUUUUGAUGUACUGUAAAGCUGCUGAAUACAAGAUAAGAUUUUUACAAGUUAAAAGAAUUUCCAUAUAAAAAAAAAUAAAUAAAAAUUAAAAGUAUUACUGGCUCUUUUAAAUUAUUAUUUUAAAGGGUCCAUGGAAAUUCAUACAUUGCAUCAUAAGCUUCAACUUAAUUUUCAUUUCUUGUACAUUUAACAUUAUCCAAGUUCUUCUACCAACCUUUCUGCAUUGUACGCUAAAUAAUUUUGUGUUUUUAUAAGAACAAUGCAUGUUUUCUUUUGCCAAGUGGGUUGUGUUUGUUUGCGUCUGUCAUAUAGUAAUCAUGUUUUAUUCCAGCCCUAAAUAAUCUGGUUUCCUCCCCAAAUGUCAUUAACUUUUAAUAAUGUAUAUCCAGUCUACCCCUUUUAAAAUUCUGCACAGGAAUGAACAUUCUUUACAAAUAAUCUGUUUAACAUAGCACAAAGGAUGUUUCUAGCCUAAUGAUGUCAUCUGCCUCAUUUGGAGUGAAUAGUGAAUAAUCUAAAAACCUACAUCUUCUGGGAGAAAUGACUGAUCACGGAUUUUCCUCUGAAAAGUGACAUAAAUGUUAGCUACGUAAAAAUGCUGUAGUGUUUUGUUAUGACCGGGCUAUCAUCGACCUAUGCAUUUGCAUGUAUAAAAACCUUUGACAACCAUUCAACAUGCAUGACUUAUUUAAGUGAGAGAACUCUUGUUACUUUUCCAUGGAUAGAUCUAUGCAUCUGCCAAAACUGCAAAUAAAAAUAAUAAAAUAUUUAGAUUAAGGCUGUUAAGUGUAGACAGAUAUUAAAAAAAAAAUAAUCCAAUGGAAACUAUUUGCAUCUUUGUAUGUAUUUAUUACUUGAUGUAAUAAAGCUUAUUUUCACUAAGAAAACUUUGUAAUUUUUUUUCCAGUUUACAUUGGUUAAUGGUUUUUGCCCACCUUUUAUAAAUGCAGAGUUGUAGUGGCACAUCUGUAGGUCCCUGUGUAGUGACACCAGAAUCACUU